GCCAGAGCUCGCUGCGGCCGCAAACCCAAUGGGGAGGCGGCGGGUCAUCUCCAUGGCGAGACGCUAUUUGUGUGACGUCACCGAACCCGGAAGCUCUGAGCCGCCUCGGACUGUAAGACAGGUGCCAGUCAGUCGGUCGGUGUGUGGCAGGUUGCCAUGACGACCCUGCUUGUCGGCUUCCUGGCGGCCGCCUUGCUGCUGGGAGUCAGAGCCUGGUGUGUGCUGCGGGGUCACGGCACCCCUCGGUCCAGGAAGAAGGAGGCGGUUAGCCUGCUGGCAGUAGCGGGCUCUGGUGAGUGGCUAGCUGGCUGCCUGCUGGGGUGGCCAAUGGUAGCUCCCAGGCUGCUGUACAGGGACAGUCUCUGUCUGCUUUAUGACCUGCAAAGCAUUAUGGGAGGUGUAGUUGUACAAUAGUUGGAGUUCUACCUUUGGCCAUCCCUCUCCUCCCAGGAAGUGUGUUCCCUGCCCUAACAUAAACCUACACUCUGUUAUUCCUGUGCAAGAACAGUUACAAAAAAAAAUUACCUCCAUAAACUGCCAUAUCAGACUUAUAUUAUCUAACUAUAAAACAUAUACAACGGUAUCAUGAUGAAAUGCUCAUGUUACAAAGUUUAGUAUUCAUCAGUUUAAAGCACCAUAAGGGGUACUGGUUAGGCCAUGCCAAUCUGGCACCUUACCCUGUAAUGAAGGGGUCCUCAAACUCCAACCCCCGAGAUGUUGCUGAACUACAACUCCUAUGAUUCUCUGCCUAUCUAUGUAAUUCAAAGAAUCAUGGGAGUUGUAGUUCAGCAACAUCUGGGGGGAGGGGGGAUGUAAUUCAGCAACAUCUGGGGGGUUGGGGGUGGCGGAGUUUGAGGACCCCCUGCUGUAAUGCCUGGACAUAGCAGUGAAUACGACACACCUGGAAAGUGUAUGUGCUACCUGGAUACACUUAGAUGUUUUGGUUUCACACAAAUGUUUGUUCGCAUUAAAACAAAAAAAAAAAAGAUACACAAAAACCAAGUGCAGAGCUGAAAAAAUGUCAGGACUUGCUCCACAAAUAAUGUGAAUAGAUUUAUUAAAUAGGUCACUAGUAUUUUUCCAGUCUCCAACAAAUGGUGCUGCACACACUGAAGCAAAGGGAUAAUCCAAUGAUGCCUCACAGACCCUGGGGUCUAUAUAUCCCGUACAAUUAGUAUACAAAAUUGAAAGAUGUCUGGGCGACUUUAAGGUUAGAUCUUAUAGUAGACUCAAUAGGAACAGAUGCAAUGUUUUGGCUCCCAGUCAGAACUUUUCUCAAUUGGAUUUAAUCUCAGAUGUCAUGGACAUCUUUCAAUUUAGUAUUUUUCCAGUCGACUGUAUAGUAGUGCUGCUAUUGUUAUAGGACAGAUCGGUAACCUUGUGCUAAGUGGGAGUAAAGUAAACGUGGCCAAUCUGAAGGUUUUGUUUUAGUGAGUGAAAUGCAAAAUGCCAUUUAAGCCAUAUACUUGUUAUAAAUAACCAAGAAUAUUGUAAAAAGCAAGUUCUUGCUAUCAUGUUUCCUGCUAAUGACAGGGUAGUGUACAAGACAGAAGUCCUUCUGCUAUCAGUGUGAUGGAUACUGGUUUACCACACAUGUUUAUGUUUGGAAGAAUAGGCUACUGUGCAUGCAUUAUAAUCACCAUUCCCGUUGUAAAGCGCUGCAGAAUAUGUUGGUUAUAUUACUAAUUGUAUUUAAAAAUUGUAUCUGGGGCUCUACGGUCUGCUGCUGGCCUUUUUCAUGUGCUGACUCAAUGCCUAAAGUCCAAAAGGUAGAUCCCCUGAUGUUGUAGAACCACAACUUCCAAGGUGUUUUGUGGUGCCUUUAAAAUGCAUUAAAAUGACAAAGGAUAAUGGAAGCUGUAGUUUAAAGGCAUCUGGGGAUCUAUAUUUUAGGCACCCCUGUCCUUAAACACAGAGGUGCUGGAUAUUUUGGAAGCAUGCAGAUCCAGUGUACCACUUAUACCCCCUCAUACAUGUAGUUUUUUACACUAUACUGACUGCAUAUAGGUGGAAGUUAAAAUGUUGAGGUACAAAUUAGCAGAAUUUUUGAACAAUCUGGCUAGCAUUUGUAAGCAGUUUGUGUACAGCAAAAUAAUAGUUAAAUGUGAUGUGUUAGUGCAUCUAUGUCAUAUUUUCAAGUUGGGUGAUUGAGUGGCAUUACUUUGACUGCUGAUUGUCUACACCAGAAAGUACAAAAAGGUUUAUUCAUUUUUUUUCGUUUUGUUUUUGCUUGCUGUAUUUGAGCUAUGACUUCUAGAAAAUAUGAAAAGAAGAAAAAAAAAAUGCACAUGCUGCUACUUCUGAUUUCGGGAGAAGUAGUAAUUCUAUGUUGAAUAAUGCCUUCAAAUACAAGGCUGGCUUUGUACAGUGGUUUCUUGUGUAGGAAAAAAAUUGAUUUCACCACUGCUGAUGGUAAACUUCAAACAUUAACACACUUUCAAAGCCAAAACAUGGAACACUGAAAACGGACAAUUCAAAUAGCUUGUCCCUUAGUAGUUCCCUGCACAGUUCUAAUCCUAGUUUUAGCUCACUUUAUUUCAUUACCGAGAGAACCUGUACCAUUUGCCUAGCAGAUUGUUCCCACAUUAAAGGCAGUCUAGAUCUUAAAUGCAGGAAGGUUCCCUCAGUACAAAAGAUAAAGCAACCUCGGGUGAUCGUUUUGACCUUUGUUGGACCUCAUUAGUGAGGUGUUGAUGACAAACACCCUCUAAGUACAAGGAGUCAAUGUCCAGAUUAAACUUUUAUCAUGGGGAGACCUUUGGCAUUUUCAAAUAAGCAAAAACAGACAGAUUACAAGAAAUAAAAAUAACUCCAAUAUCUUGCCCUUUAAUGGAUUCCCAUUAAAGUCAGGUCAAAAAUAAAUUCUCUAUAAGUUAUUAGCAAAGUUUUGAACAUAACAAGGGUUAGUGGGUUCAUAAAUUAUCUACCAUUUAUAUGUAAAAUUCAGUAAUGCAGUAAAUAUUAAAUCUCCAUUUUUCUAACCUGUUAAUAAUAUGUUUGACAUCACUGAUUUGUAAUGCCUUGUGUUUUUACUUUAUAGGAGGGCAUACAACAGAAAUGUUAAGAUUGCUGGGCAAUCUAUCUACAGCAUAUUCCCCAAGAUAUUAUGUUCUUGCAGAAACGGACACCAUGAGUGAAGAAAGAAUACGUUCAUUUGAAAGCACUAGGAACAAUGAAAGCAGACCGCCUUUGGUAAGAAUUAUGCUCGAGUAGAAGGAUUGCGGGUUUUUAAAUACUGUGUUACACAAAACUGAUUUCCAUCAUCACAAAAUGAAUUAAUACAGGAAAAAUAUCCUGAAUUGUCACAAAGUGUAAUGGGGAAUAUCACUUUUUUAGGGUUUUUAAUAUUAUAUUCAUCCAAGCCUUAUUAUUGACAAAUAUGUUUGUGAGAUCUGAAAACUAGAAACAAUGUUUCUGCGUCUCAUAGACCAGGGGUUACCAUCCUGUGGUACGUGUACCUCUAUUGGUACAUUCUAGUGCCUCUGGGUGUAUGCGAAAAGCAAUAAUGGUGGUUCUGACGCCAAUUCAGCCGCACAUGCUUCGAACUGCGGGUCCAUCGGGUGGCCCUGAGUUCCUGAACAUCUGCCAUAAGGGGCCCUGAGUCCCUGAACAUCUGCCAUAAGGGGCUCGGUCGUGCACAGCGUGCUUUAACAGCACAACCAGGCCCCUUUUAUCCAAUGGGAGAGCUGGGAGGAAAACAGUCACUUCCUCCCAGCUCACUCAGAUGCUCACUCAGCCACCUGCACCGGAGGGGAGGACAGUGAGCUGAGAGGGGGUGCCGAACCGAGAGAGCAAGCCCCUAACUCCCACCAGCCGCAGCCAGCAAGGGUGGGACACUGGAGGGUAACUAAAAAUGUUAACUGUAUGUGUGUGUUUUGGGUGUCUGUAUCUGUGUCUGUCUUUCUGCAUGUGUGGCAGUGUCUGUAUCUAUGUGUCUCUUUCUGCAUGUGUGGCAGUCUUUGUAUCUGCAUGUGUGUAUCUGUGUGUCUAUGUAUCUGCAUGUGUGACAUUGUGUGUGUGUAUCUGUAUGUGUGACAAUGUUGGUAUUUGUGUUCCUGUGUAUCUGCAUGUUUGGCAAUGUUUGUGUUUGUGUCUGCAUAUGUGGCAGUGUUUGUAUCUGUAUUUGUAUCUGUGUAAGAAAUUAGGACCCUCUUACAAGCAUAUUCUUUUAGGGAACGUGUGACAAAUAAGACACAAACUCAAGUGUAUAAUAAAAUGUAUUGUUAAUAUUGAUUUAGGAUACUGUUACAGAUUUUAGAAGGAUAUACACAUUAUAACAACAUCCAGUCCAAAACCAAAAGAUACAUAGUAAAAGGGCAAUACUUAAACAUUUAAAUGAAGAUCUUCCCUUUGCACCUUCAUCUUUGGUAGUCUGGGACAGUCUCCCCCAGUUCACCAUUGCACCACUGCUUGCUGCGCUGUCCUCCCCAAAAGAGAAAGAAAGGAGCCCAACCUCCUUGGCGGCUGUUCUUUUAAAGACUGAUUCUUGCAGCCCUUAACUACAUGUCCCAGAAUCCAUUUUCCCUCCCAAAAGUGGUUUAUCCUGCCCUCUUUUCCCAGAGAGUUCCAUCUUUACACAAGUCCUUUUGUUUGAUCUCUCCCCCCCCCAGCUAUACUAUAACCCUAUAACGUUGUGUAAGAAGUGGCCAGUCAGGGUUGGUUUUUGGGUAUGUUGUGAGCAGGCCUGGACUUCUUUUAGAGACAGGGUGGCUUGGGAAAACACAUACUUCCAUGGCUGUACUUAGAUGUUAAUUACUCCAGGUCUCCUGAUCUCUGAUCUCCUGAUAACAUGUAUGAAAAACUGGUUGGCAAGAGAACUGCUGGAGGGAUGUAAGCUUUUGUUUUAGCUGGGUGCUGUAAAAUGAAACUGAAAGCUUUCAUCAUUAUCACACUGUUAUCAAGUAGAUGCCCCCAAGUUGUGAAACUAGUCACAUACACAGAAAGUUAUAUACAAUUAGUGCAGUUUUGCAUAUCAGUUUCUUACUUCUGCAUGUGUGUCAGUGUAUGUCUGUAUCUGUGUGUUUGUGUAUCUGCAUGUGUGGCAGCAUUUGUAUCAGCAUGUGUGUCUGUAUGUCUGUGUAUCUGCACAUGUGGCAAUGUUUUAUCUGUGUGUCUUUAUCUGCGUGUGUGGUAGUGUUUGUAUCUGUAUGUGUCAAUCUGUAUCUUUAUGUGUGGCAGUGUUUAUACUUGGGUGUCUGUGUAUGUGCAUAUGUGGCAAUGUUUGUAACUAUGCCCGUACGUGUGUGUAUGUAAAUGAGUGUCAGUGUUUGUAUCUAUGUGCCUGUACAUCUGUAUGUGUGUCAGUGUAUGUCUGUAUCUGUGUGUUUGUAUAUCUGCAUGUUUAGCAAUGUUUGUAUCUGUGUGUCUGUCUGCACUGCAUGUGCAUCAGUCUGUGAAACUGUGUGCGCGCAUCUGCAUGUGUAUGAGUAUAAAACACUGAUAUAGAGAUCCAGACAUACAGAUACACACAAAUGACAAAUACAAAUGUACAGAAAUCACAGAAACAAACACUGCCACACAUUCAGAUACAUACACACAGAUGCAAGCACAGACACGUAUGCAGAUACAAAGAUACACACACUAACACAAUGAUACACAUUCCUCUUCUCUCUCUCUGUCGGGAUCUGUUCUAGGGCAUGUGCACAGGGUUUGCCUGGGCACACCCUAAUCCCUGCGGCACACGCUAUGUGCCUCCCUCAAAGAUCUCCUUCACGACCCACAGGCAUGGAGGGAAGCAGGAGAGGACCCGGGGAGCUCUUGCCAGCAGCUCCGCCGGGUUCCUCUCGCGAGGUCGGAGCGUUGCCGCGGUUACCGCGGCAACGCUCAGAUCUUGCAAGAGUGAACUCUAGCCCACAGCACCCUUACACACACACACACACACACACACAGCGCCUUCACACACAGCACCUACACACACACACAGCAGUAUAUAUAUAUAUAUAUAUAUAUAUAUAUAUAUAUAUAUAUAUAUAUGUGUGUGUAUAUAUAUAUAUAUAUACAUAUAUACACACAUACAUACAUACAUACAUGCGGCGUGUGUGUGUGCAAUAGGCUGCACACGCCUGUGGAUCUGUUCUUCAUUUCUUCCUGUCUGCUCUAGUUUUCUUUAAAACAUAAGAAAAAGUAGGGCCUACUUUGUUUUAUGGAGGUUUCCUACGCGUGACCAGCUUUCACCAGCGGAGGAGCAAAGUGUGCUUUGUUUCUGGUGAUCAAAGCAAUUUUCCCACAAUUCUCACCUUUGAUCCGUGAUCUUGCGAUGCUUCCUGUCAGUAUUCCCGAACGUCCUGUGACUUAGACAGAACGCCGGCGAAACUACAGAACAGAUCCUGACAAAUAAAAGUCCAUAAUACCCGUCGCACUUUGAAAAUAAAAUAAAAAACCUGAACCAAAAUAUAAAAAAAAAAAAGACUCUAAAAAUGAAUCCAUCUUCACCCAUGGAGGUGACGGCACAGAAUGAGCUCCGCAGGGCGGGGAAAGGCUUAUAAAGGCUUCCCACGCCCUGCAAUUAGGCUCAGAGCACUCUGAUUGGUUGGCUUGAAAUUGGUUGGCUUGAGUGCUCUGUGCCAUUUUACACAGCGUGGGAAAGUUCUUUGGAAUGCUGUGUAAUUUUAUGGCAAGACAGGAGGCUUCAUAUUUGCUUAUCUUUCUUUACUGUAACUCCCAGCAGCAAAGAAAUGGUUAACAAUGUUGUAUGGAAAAAUCAACCAAUCAUAACAUAUCUCAACUACAAUAUAGUGUCAUCAAACUCCUCCCACUUCCUCUUUCUUUGCUGCUUGCCUCCCAGGUGAGUCUGCUCCAAUUACAUUGCCUUACUGGUUUUAGUUAAUUCAAUAUUUGUUUAUUUAAACCUUGUUACUGCAUACAUAGAAUUCAUCUUAAAAAAUUUAUUUUGAUUCAAUCACCUUUUCCUUUAAAUAUUUCCUUUAAAUAUUUCCUCUUUUUCUCACACAUAUAUUAUUUUUUCUUAUUUCCCUGUAUUGGAUUGUUUGUUCCCCUUUAAAUUUGGCGUCCUAACCGGUUUUCAGUGCACGGAGGGUUUUUCGAACCCUGCCGUUUUUCACACAGCUGGCCGCGGCUCUAUUCUCUCAGGAAGAGCCGCGGCCCUAUUCUCUGCCUCUCUUCAGCCGCGGACUCCAUCUCCCAGAGCCGCGGCUGAUUUUUUCCCGCCAUUACCUUCCUCCCGCCUACCAAGCGUCUUCCUAUGACGCGGACCUUUCCCGCCCUUUCAACGGCGGCGAUCUCGCGGCGGCCAUUUUAAACUGCAGUGUAACUGCCAACGGCUCCUCCACUGCGGCGCUAGUUUUUCAAACGAUCAUCCUGUGGGUACAGAACUUUAUUAACUAGUUGUGGAAGGUAGGUUGCUGCCACCUUAUAUCCACCUAUUUUUUCAUUAAACUCAUUAAAAACGAUCACUUACUGAUCUAUCUCCUAUCUGUUUUUUCCACAGGCUUUGCCACACAGGACCAUUUUAUUACAACUCUGGGUGAACCCCUUUCCUUAAGUGGUAUAAUUACAGUGUGGUUUGUUUUUUACCAAAUUUGUCUGACUGACCAUUUUUAUUUUCCUCCUGUGGGUGAACCCCACUUACUUAUUUAAAGUACAUAUUAUGUACAAUAGUUGUGUGGCUGACACCACCUACUGAAUACACUGCUGUGUGCAUAUUUAUGUGGCUAACACCACUUUACUUUAUUUUGUGGGUGACCCCCAUUACUUACAGUACAUUAUAUAUACACAUUAUAUAUAUUAUUGGUGUAAUUUUAUAGUGGUGACCCCACCUCAGUAUCUGUACAAUAUUUCCUAUUGUUCACAAUCUGUAUUAUUGGGUGACCCCCAUUAAUUAUCCUUUACUAUUUUAUUGUGCCAAGCAUUUGUGGGUGACCCCCAUUGUUUGACGUCUCGUGGGUGACCCCCACCUCAUAUUUUUCUAAUUGAGUUGCCUCAUCCUUAAUUGAUACUCUUUAAUCUAUAUAUAUAUAUAGAGAUAGUUGUUAUUAGGGUUCACAUUUAUCUUUAAAUUGUCAUUAUGUCAGAUCGCCAAGACCCUGCGAUCUCUGCUGAACUUAAGGAAUGGCUUUUCUCAACUAUCGCAGAGUCCAUUCCUAAGGCUCUGGCAGCCUACCAUGAACGUAAUCCAGAGGUACACCCCUCUACACAACAGCCCUCUGACUCUGAGGACUCCCAUAUCUCCGACCAAGAUAGCGCCCCGCGCAAAAGACCCUGGAAAGGGAAUAGCGCUACUGCGGGCAAGGGCAAAGCUCCUGCUAAGGUCGUUAAACAUGCUAAGCCCUAUGUUUCACAGGAUGUUACAGACCCUCUAGAGGGUUCUACUUCACGUUUAUCUGGCCAUAUUCUAAGUGACUAUGACCCCAAUUACUCUGAUGAGGAUCCCAUGGUGAAUGUGCCCCAGGAUUCCUCAACAUCGGAGUUCGUGAAAGAAACUUUCCUAAAUCAAGAUCACAAGAGUAAGGUACCUGACUCAGACACCCUCCUGGAUGCUUCAGGCCUUCCACUUUUUGACCCAAGGGUGAUACGCCACCCACGCUCAGCAGAAUGGGCUCCCCCAGAUCAUAUUGCUAAUUUCUGUAAACUGUGGCUUCGCAAGCCCCUCGAAAAAGAAAUCAGAAACAAACUAAGGGCUGAAUGCCCGAGACCUACUAUCCCAGGCAAAGUUGCCUCUACCCCUGAAUUUGACCCCAUGUUGGUCACCUAUUUAACAAAAUCUGGUAAAGACCCUCGGAAGGGUAUUGAACAGGGUUUGAAAGCAACCCAAGACAAAUUAUUGGACAUUUCAGGUCCUAUCAUACAAAUAUUUAUACUCGCAGAUGAGGCACUCACCAGCGGUGAAUUAGACCCGCAUAUUAUAAGAGAAUGGGCGCAGAGAGCCCUUUGCCUUCUGGGCAACGCCAAUACGGCUAUUUCAAUUGAGAGACGCAAAGCGGCACUGUACAAAAUCGAUGCCAAACUAGUGGAUUUGAGCACUAAAGAACUAGGCCCAGAGGCCGAUGGUCUUUUAUUUGGUAACAGUUUCAUGCGAGACCUCUCCAAGCAUGUCUCAGUUUUUACCACACUCAAUAAAGCCCAGUCCUCCCUACGUAGGGUGUUCCGUCCCACUUUUCAAAAUCGUUUUUCUGGGAGAGCUGGUCGCUCAAGGGGCCGAGCUACCAGUAGAGCAGCCUUUUCAGGCUACAGGCCCCGACCCACAGAGUAUUGGUCCACGGGACCCUACCACAGGCAGCUGUUCAACACCAGAGGCUCAAUUCGAGGACGUGGCUCUGCAUCCCUGCGCGGACGCACUGCUUCAGGUAAUGGACCUUGCUUAUUUAAAAACUGUAUCAAUCGCAGGUCGAUUAACAUUCUUUUUCCCACAGUGGAAACUUCUUUCUCAAGAUCUUUGGAUCCUUCAUACAGUCACAGGUUUCAAAAUAGAUUUUAUCACACAUCCAGUUCAAUAUUCUCACCCGACACCCUUAGGGAUGUCAAAAGCAGAUACUCUAACCUUGAACACAGAACUGACAAAAUUGUUACACAAAGGGGCGAUCAAACCUUCGCCUUUCCCUUGCACCUUCCUCAGCAAUAUAUUUCUGGUUCGGAAGAAAACGGGGGACCAUCAUCCCAUUAUCAACCUCAAGGCGUUGAAUCGCUUUAUCACAUACCGUCAUUUCAAGAUGGAAGGUAUCCAUCUUCUCAGGGACUUGCUCUGCAUGGGAGACUGGUUCUCCAGAUUCGACCUCAAAGAUGCUUAUCUGACGGUCCCUGUAGCACCAAGUCACCGUGCCUUCCUCCAAUUCCGUUGGCAGGGCGACAUUUGGCAGUUCACCUGCCUCCCUUUUGGACUUUGUUCUGCUCCAUGGUGUUUCACCAAGUUGAUGAAACCAGUCAUGGCGCUCCUUCGUUCUCAGGGCAUACGUUCAAUUAUAUAUUUGGACGAUAUCCUGAUCAUGGCACAAGAUCAGCAAUUACUUCGCAAACACACACACAUGACCUCUGCCCUCCUUCAAAACCUAGGUUUUGUCAUAAAUUACCAGAAAUCAGACCUGGUACCUUCUCAAAUAGUCCAAUUUUUGGGUUUUCAGAUAGAUUCAGUUCAAGCAACUCUACAAUUACCCUACUCCAAAAUCAAAAACAUAAAACGAGAGAUUCAAAAAUUACUCAAGUCACAACGACCUCGACUCCGCGACCUAGCACACGUGCUGGGUCUUCUGUCUGCAUCAAUUCAGGCUAUUUUUCCAGGGCCCUUGCAUUACAGAGCAAUGCAACGGCUGAAAACCUCCUAUUUACAUCGCUCGACCUCCUACGACCAAUUCAUUUCCCUAACGGACGAAGUUCUUAUCGAACUUCACUGGUGGCUUCGCAAUAUGGAAGCCUGGAAUGGGAAAGCGAUUUUCGGAUCUCAACCAGAUUUUAUUCUGGAAUCCGAUGCCAGCCUACUCGGUUGGGGCGCUACGUGCGCCCAAUCAUACACAGGAGGUCUCUGGUCCCCGUCGGAACGAGCACUUCACAUAAAUUGUCUCGAGCUCAUUGCCGGAUCCUUCGCGAUCCGCAGCUUUGCCAAAGAAGCCUCCAACUGCUCUCUGGUACUUCGGAUGGACAACAUCUCCGCAGUACGAUAUGUAAACCGUCUCGGAGGGUCCAAAUCGAAACUACUGUCAGACCUCACCAAGGAUCUGUAUCAGUUUUGCUUAGACAGGAAUCUGUCUAUUCGGGCCGAGUAUCUCCCAGGACCCGACAAUUUAGUCGCGGACUGGUUCUCACGUCACUGGAGGGAUGCCAGCGAUUGGCAAUUAGAUCCUCUUCUAUUUCACCACAUUCACCUAUUGCGGGGACCGAUCACUCUCGACCUCUUCGCAUCUCGGCUGAAUCGUCAAACAGACGAUUAUUUCAGCUGGUUACCAGACCCUCUAUCCCUAGCUGUCGACGCUUUUCUCCAACAUUGGCCACGGGACGGAGCCUAUGCCUUCCCUCCCUUCUCCAUGAUUCAACGUACUCUCCACCAGGUCAAAUCACAGAGGGUCAAGAUUGUGAUAGUUACCCCUCUAUGGCGGGCCCAGACGUGGUUCCCCACUCUUCUGGAGCUUUCCACAGACUACCCCAUCAUUCUACCUCGCUCACAUCGGGUUCUCAAGAACUCAACGGGCGACUACCAUCCACUAGCUCUACAGGGCCACCUUCAGUUAGUGGCCUGGACAGUUUCAGGGGUGCUUGGCAUGUCGCAGGACUUUCAAGCACUGCUCAAACACUCCUAUGGGAUUCAUGGGCACCAGGAACCAGGCGCACCUAUCUCGCCGCAUGGCGAGUUUGGGUCAGCUGGUGUCUGGAGAGGGAUUUCGAUCCCGUUUCAACAUCUCUCUCAUCCAUUCUAAAUUUUCUAUCAUCCCUUUUCGAUCAGGGUAAAUCAUACCGAUCAAUUAAUAUUUUUCGUUCCGCCAUUUCGGCGGGACAUGACCCUAUUGAUAAUUCCUUAGUUGGGAAACAUCCUUCUGUGUGCAGACUUUUACGAGGCAUUCGUUUGACGAGGCCACCUUCUGCCAAAUACUCUGGCUUCUGGGACAUAUCUCGAGUCUUCGCAUUGUUAGAGUCUUGGCCUCCUAACGAGGCCUUAUCCCUUCGACAGCUCUCUGCAAAAUUGGCCCUGCUACUGUGCCUGGUGUCAUUCCGCAGAGUUUCUGACGUUCACGCUUUUGAUUCACACGCUGUCUCCUUCACACCAGAAGGGGUCCGAUUUACGAUUACUAGGCGCACUAAGACGAAUUCCUCGUCUGUCUUUUACCCAUACUUUCCCGACAGGCCAGCCCUCUGUGUGGCUCUGUGUACUCGUUGUUACACAGAGGCAACUGCCGCCCUACGUUCUCCUACCGGUCCUCUUUUCAUCUCUUAUGUCAGACCUCACAAACCGGUCUCUUCCCCCACUAUCGCUCGCUGGAUAAGAUGGUUACUUAUCCAAGCGGGAAUCGAUAGAUCAUUUGGGGCCCAUUCCGUUAGGGGAGCGGCCGCAUCCUCUGCCUUUCGGGCCGGCAGUUCAUUAGCGGAUAUUUUGUCCUGCGCAGAUUGGUCAAGGGAAUCUACCUUUCGGACUUUUUAUUUUAAACCAACACAAACACAUGCGGCUUGUUCUAUUAUUCGAGAGCGUUAAAACAGCAAAUAUGAAGCCUCCUGUCUUGCCAUAAAAUUAGGGAUUAUUCUAGCUUUUAGUGAACGAAUAAUCUGAAUUUUAUUAAAGACAGGAGGCGAAUAUUUUCCCUCCCUUCGUUCAUUCCGGAACCCACCCUCGAGGUAAGUCUCAUACUCAAUGAUUAAUGUAUGAUACCAUUAUUUACAUACAAACCUGCUAUAUACGAUUUGCUCACCUUGUGGUUAUACACCUAUCUCAUAGAGUACUGAUAGAUCUUUAUAAUCUUGAUUAUUCUGCCAAUUCGUAUGAACUAUAAUUGGAAAUAGGGGAUUCAACUAUAUAUAUAUAUUUUUUCUCUUGUCCGAGAAACCUUACUUUCACGAAGUCUCUCUUUUCUUUUAGUGUGAAGAUCUCAAGUUUAUUCGUUCAACUUUCCGUUUACAUGGUUGACUUCAUCUCGAGUUUCGGCUUCGGGAACUGUUCCGGUUAAAGUUUACAUGGUUGACUUUGCUACUGACUGGCAACAUCAAGAAAGAGGAAGUGGGAGGAGUUUGAUGACACUAUAUUGUAGUUGAGAUAUGUUAUGAUUGGUUGAUUUUUCCAUACAACAUUGUUAACCAUUUCUUUGCUGCUGGGAGUUACAGUAAAGAAAGAUAAGCAAAUAUUCGCCUCCUGUCUUUAAUAAAAUUCAGAUUAUUCGUUCACUAAAAGCUAGAAUAAUCCCUAAUUUGACUCCUAACUCUCUGGUUACCAAUCUGAUUGUUUGUUUUCCCCCCCUCCUUAUUGUUAUUUAGGGCUCCCACCCACCGCUCAUUGGUGGGGGCCAGAGGGAGGACAAUAGGUCCCCCCCCCCCUACAUUUUCAUUUAGGGCCCCAACCGCCACUCAGGUCGUCGUCCCCUUAUUAUAAUUUAGGGCUCGCACCCACUGCUGAGGGGUGUGGGCUGUGGGCAAGGACAAUAGGUCCCCCCCCCCCAUUUUCAUUUAGGGCCCCCACCUCCUGCUCAUGGGUGGGGGGUUGGGGGGGGGGGGACGAUAAGUCCCCUGUUCAGUUUAAUAGCCCCCGUUCGGGAAGGGAGGACACUAGUUUUUUUUUGUUUUUUUUAAAUAGGGAGCAGCCGCUGGCUGCUCACUAUUUACUAAACAUGCCCCUACUUGCAGUAUAGCAAGUAUUAGUAAAUUUGGCUUGAAGACCAAUUUAGGUCUUUCAGCCUUUUGGUAGAUAGCUCCCUAAUACUGUGGGUAUUAGGGAGUUAUCCACUAAGCGGCUGCAAGAUGCAGCCGCGGCACGAAUAGGAUCGGAGUCUCAUUCAUUAGAAUACAAUUCAGAUCCGAACAAAGUCCCGAAUUGCGUCCUAACACGAAAGGAGAAACUGUUCUCAUUCUGUUAGGACGAAAUUCGGUAGUUUCCUUAGCGUUCUGUUUAAGUAACAGUACGUUUGGGGAAUACUGACAGGAAGCAUCGCGAGAUCACGGAUCAAAGGUGAGAAUUAUGGGAAAAUUGCUUUGAUCACCAAAAACGAAGCACACUUUUCUCCUCCGCUGGUCAAAGCUGGUCAAGCGUAGGAAACCUCCAUAAGACAAAGUAGUCCCUACCUAAAUCUAAAGCAGACAGGAAGAAAUGAAGAACAGAUCCUGACAGAGGGAGAGAAGAGGAAUUGAUUAAAGAAAGGUAAGUUCGGCGUGACAGUGCCGCUUCACGUGACCUUUCCCCUUUAAUAAAUUUUGAUUAUUUGUCUGCAGCUAUUUGCUCGGUGCAUGCAUUAUGAAAAAUUACAUGUAUGUAAGUGUUUUGUUUUGUUUGUUUUUUUUAUUCCCAGAGCCUAAAAAUUACUUCACAAAAAUGUUUUUUACGUGUCUUUAUUGAACACAUUGAUCCAACAUUCAUUGUAUCUGUUUAAAAAAUGUGACUAGUAUUAAGUAAUUAGGAAGAGCACAAAACAGGGUGCAAGUGAAUACUGAGAAAGGUUCAUAGGCUUUUCCAACAUUUUUGUGUAGGUGUCAGUGUGCCUGAGGCAUCGUGGGGCAGCAAAGUUUCUUUCUUUGAAACAUUUUAUUUAUUUAUUUUUUUUAUUAUUGUAACUGCAUUAUUUGCCCAAAUAAAUGCUUCAAUGAAUUGCCUUUUGUGAGAAAAGAUAAUGUUUACAUUUGUCACUAAGAAUGCCUCUUGUGGCCUUUAAUAUGACAGCCACUAGAGGCACUUCCUCACUGAAACUUUCAGCUAUUGAAACUCUUCAUAUUUGUCAUCGCCGAACAUUGUUAAUCCCUCUCAUGAAGAAGCAUUGCAUUCAGAUCUUCUCUAUGAGAAGUAUCUUGUUAGCAGAAUGCGAACUAUUACAGUGCAUGUUUUGUAGGGCCCCAAUGGUUCUCUAUGAGUAACAGUAAUGUGACCCAAGACCAAUGUUCAGGAUGAUCUCACGGCUGACAUAGCAGUUGCAAUGCAAAUACCAGGACAUCACUGGACUCAAUCUAAACAUGAACAGGUACACUAACAUUAUUGAUGAAUGUAUUGUUUUAUAACAAAGUUUUCCUUUAAAGGGACACAAUAGUCACCAGAACAACUACAGCUUAUUGAAUUUGUUCUGGUGAGUAGAAUCAUUACCUUGAGACUUUUUGCUGUAAACACUGUCUUUUCAGAGAAAAUGCAGUGUUUACAUUACAGCCUAGUGAUAACUUCACUGGCCACUCCUCAGAUGGCUGUUACAGAUCGAUCCUGGGUCAUGGCUGCCUAAAAAAAUUUUUUUUGUUAUGCACAAGGAUUUCUAGUCUGAUUAGCAAGGAUAAUGUCCAAUCCAUUUGGGUUUGUAAUUCUUGGGACAUUACUUAAAAUGUCGUCUAGAGAGAUUCAGUCGUGCCUCUCUGCUCUUUGGAAGAGUAAUCAUUGGUUUUUGUAGUUUAUCUCAGCCACAUUUGUAAAUAUUUUGAUGCAUGUGUAGCAGGUACCCUCAGCAGAUCUAGGGUGCUUUAUAUGACCUGGAUCAAAAAGGGGUUUACACUGCCAUCUGAAAAGAUAUUAGAUUUCUCCGAUUGUAAAAUUUCUUUUGGGUCUGAGAAAAAAAUUACAAUGAAAAGAUUCCACAUCCUUAUCUGAGGACUGCGAUUCAGAAGAGGAAGAGAUUUUGCUUGAGGAUGUUUUUAUGAGUCUGGUUUGACUCUGAGUGGCCUUCCGAGCCCAUUUAGAAUACUCUGCUGCCCAGAACAGGUCAGAAGGGCCUUGAACGUCUGUCCUCUCUGGGGCGGACUGUGAAAUAACCAAAGACAUUGACUUAGCAACUGAAUCUUGCAUUGAUGGCAUUUCCAUCAUGAUAGUAGUAGACCUUUUAUUAACAAACUCAUCCAGAAAAGUCUGGAAAUUACUUCACUGAGGAAUUCCAUUAGACCUGCUGCCUCAGACUGUUCUUUGUUUGCCAUGUCUAGAGUGGGAAGCAAACACCAGUAAGUACUGUAUGGGUAGAGACUCGCUAAAGAACUGUGUGACAAUUGAAAUUAUAGUCCUUAACUGUCAAGGCGAGCAGCAAAGAACGAUAUAUAUGUGUGGGGAUACCUGUUUUAUGCCGAUUGGGUGUUCAUGUUACCUAUGAUCAUGUUUGGUUGCCCUAUGCUUUUUCUCUUCUACCUACACUGUUGAACCCUUUAACUGCUGUGAGUUGUAAAGAAAGACGAUUGCAUGAUAUGAGCCUCCUGUCUGCCCAAAAAAUUUUUUUUCUUUUUAGUCACCCUAUUGUUGUGCAUUGCAAUGUUUACCACUAGAUGGAGCAGCACGCUCAUGCAUUUUUAUUUAUUUUUUUGUUCCUGCUUUAUGAAUAAGAUGGGAUGUUAUUUUUCGUUAAACAUAGCUACUUAUUUCAAUGGUUUAGGUUCUUGAAUUAAAACCAUUUUUGGAGACAAACUAAAAUAUUAAAUGGGCUCUGCGUUUUGGGCGUCCUGCUGGGAAUUAUUUUGAACAAUGCUAUGCAAGUAUAGAAAGUGCAGAAUUGCACACAUUUGUUUGUGCUUACUAAGAGUUGUAGAACAACAAUAAGGUCACUUGAGCCAUAACCUGCUACAAUGGUUUUCACUGACCAUCUGCUGUCUGGUAAGUGACUGCUUAAGGAGGUUGGGAGCUCCAGAACAGGAACAUUUCUGUAUAUUUUUGUUGCAUUCUCUCUCCAUUUUCCAACCUAUUUUUUCCCAUUCCUUUUCCAGCACUUUUAGCCCUUUUAUUAGUUUAUGGAUUAGCAAUUAACCACAUAUAUAACAACAAUAUAUUACACAGAGAGCACCCAUCUACUAAACAACAUCUAGGUCUAACAUGCCCCAUUCAUCAUCUGUACAUUAUCAGUCAAUUGUGCCGCAUAUAUCUAAUGCCUAUAUUGCUGUAAGUAUUCAGUCAAAUAAAAUACUCUGCAUCUCAGUUAUUUAUCAUACAGCUCCAAUCAAGUAAGCAGCAUCUGUCUAUCACCCAUCCAGCCAAAUAAAUACACAGAACCCCAUACUUUCUCCAUAGUAUGCCAAUCUAUUAUACAGCAUAAACGUGACUCUAUCCAUAUAUAACCCUCAAAGCACCAUGUAACUACCCUCAAACCACCAUACAACUGCCUGAUAGUUCAUGGGCAAGAAGAUGUUACAAAGUACCCCUCUGGAGGCAUGUUUGUGGUGUUGUAGGUGACAUUUGUUAUUUACUGUUUGGGUGUAAAUGUCUCAUGACACUUUCAAGGUACGGUGCUAGGCCAUUUGCGCUAGUUGUUCUAGGCAGAUGUGAUAUGCUUACCUUACUGGAAACCUCUUGACUAAUGUAUUUGUUUAUCUCUUUUAUUUAAUAGUAGGUGUGUCCUAAUAGUUUUAAAAUGUAGGAGUAAGUCAACAACCCGCCUGUCUUAAGACAGAAGAAGUUAUGCUCCAGAAUUAUGCUGAAGUAACCUAUUCAGAUACCCUCUAGCCUUCAAACUAUGUUCCUCCUCCAAUCUCCAGCCUGACAAAGGGUGGUUGGACAUAUUCAGAUUUACUCCAUGUGCUGGGGUAGUAAACUCACCAGAAAAUGUACAGAUUUAAAAUGUAUAGUUUUAUUAAUGUUUUUUGUAUUUUAUAUUACCGCUUUAAUAGUAUGGAAUCCUAUGCUAAUAGCCAGGUCUUUAACAUUACUCACCACUGCAAGCCUGGAGGGUUCAUGGCCCACUCACCAGGAGAUGAGUAAAGUAGAGUUUUCUGUCUAUCUAAUUAUUUUAUUAAUUAUACUGGUUUCAUUUUGCAUUGUUUGCAGUAUUCCAUCCAUCGCAUUCCAAGGAGCCGUGAAGUUAGACAGUCGUGGAUCUCCUCUGUUUUUACCAGUAUAAAAUCUGCGCUACACUGUUUCCCUCUCACUGCUCGGUUGCGGCCAGAUGUGGUAUGUUCAAAUCUAUCAUAAAGUUAUUUAAUUUUUAUUAAUGAAUGUCAUGUUUAAAGUGAUUGGACUGCAAUAAAUGUUCUGUGUCUAUAGUGUUAUAUGUAUGUUUUGUGGGGGUUGUUUGCAGGGUUCGUGUGGGGGCUCUUUACUUAAAUGAAUUUGUUAGAAAAAACAUUUUUUGUUCUCCACCCCUCCCCCCUUCCCUUCCUCAUGCCUACCAUUCCCCUGACAGGUCGGAAAGUGGGACAAAACAGGGGAAUAAGUAGACCGGGAACUCCAUGGUCCAGUGGCCGUAUCGAGUUCCAUGGAGUUGACGGUUAACUACUGCUAAGGUCGUUCAGGAGACAAAAUGACUGCCGUUUGCCAGGGAGCAUGCCUUUGGUAAUAUGUUUGGUAGAGGGGAAGGUACAGAAACAGGGGGGCUGUGAAUAAGUUUUUUAGAGAACAGUAAGGGUACAAAGAAAUGGUCCGCCACACAUGCAUAGCACCAGAACACUUCCCUCCUCUCCCCCCCUCCAGCCCUUUAGCUUCCCUCUGAGUUCUUCUGAAUAUUAUUUUUCUAAAAGUCUCACUGGACCUAAUGUUCUCUUUCUAAUACCACAAUAUUGAUUAAGACCUUUCCGAUUCAGAUUUUUUUUCUGCAAAUUAAUUUAGCAUUCUAAAAUUGUCUUAUGUUUUGAUCUUUUCUUAAAAGCCUGGCACUGACAAUAAAGUAAUGACAAAAAAAAAGUUAGUUUAUAAAAAAAAUAAAAUAAUAAUUUUGUGUGUGUUAUUCGUUCAUAGGAGGUUUUUUGUUGUGGUAUUUUGAGCAAAGAAAUGUGGAGGUUCCUGUUCUUUAAUGUCGGAUAAUAUCUUGAUAAACAAAAGUACUUAAAAAUAGCAUAAAAUAAAUAAAACACUUCCUCUCAAUAAACUUAAAAUAUUUCAAAUCAGUUUACUAAGUUUUCCUUCUUCUCAACCAAGAGAACAUUUUGUUCUUUGGUGCCCUCAGGUUUUGGCCAGGUUGGCUACUGAUUUAAUAGUUAAUCGGUGAAUUUCUUCUCGCCAAGGCUAAAAAACUUUUCACCAAUGGUUACUGGGGAUAUUUUGAGCUAUGCACUAGACCACUAAACAAUUAUGGAAAAGCUCUCUCUACUGGCUGAUACUUAUUCAUUUAAUUUAACUCUGGGCCUCUGGUAACCAUGGUGACUUCAAUCUAUGUUUAUUUUCAACAGUCAAUUUCCUCAAAAUGUGAAUUGACCUGCAAUGUAAACUCCAAGAUGGCAUAUAAAAUGCUAAACUCACUGCUGUCAUACUUUUUUCAUAAAUGUCAUUUUCUGUGCACAUUUGAUUUCUGCUACACUAUCUGCCCAAUUUAGAAAUAUCCAUCAAUAGUGCACUUACAAUGGCUGAAUAAUAACAAUUUGCAGAUCCCUGCUGUGAAUAAAACUACAUACUUUGGUUCACAAACAUAAAUUUUUUGGUUCGGUAGAUAAAUCUACCAAACACUGACCACUCCCCCGCCCCACCCCCUGCACAUUAAGUUCAAAGAAUACCACAGGAAUAAGUGCUCUCCCUGUGUGGCUGCUGUUCGUGUAACCGUACAACACGUGCUGGGGAAAACGGCAGCCAUCUUUUUACAUGAAAAGAGGCAGCGGGACUUGGUCCCCGGAGUGUGCAACCGCUUUCUAGAAGCUCAAGACGGCGCUGAGUGAGGCACCUGUGUUGGCCGCCCCAAACCAUACUAAAAAGUUUCUUGUCCACACAGAUGCCUCCAUGUUUGGACUGGGAGCCGUGCUAAGUCAAGUGAGGGAUGACGGAAUGGAGCACUCGAUGGCAUAUCUCAGCCGUAAAUUAUUGCAAUGCCGUUGGGUUGUCCUGGCAAACGGAGUUGGAACCAUGACUGACCUCACCGGACAUCCCCUAGCCAUCCCGGCAGGGUCUAGGCGGGUGCCGCUCCAUAGAACUAGGGGAGAGCAAUGUGAAGAAAACGGGAAUUAGUGCUCUCCCUGUGUGUCUGCCGUUCGUGUAAGUGAACAGCACGUGCUGGGGAAAACUGCAGCCAUCUUGUCGCACGAAAAGAGGCAGCAGGACUUGGUUGUCGAGUGUCUGGAACUCCAAGUCGGACACUCGACUCCGCAAAAGCUACCAAUGAGCCAGGGGAACCGUGCGUGGUUUUGUUUGGUUUGGGACCAAAAUUGACUGACUGCUACUCCUGAAACUAUGGAACUGUUUUGGGCAAGCGUCUCGUGAGCGGUCGGUCAAAACUUUAUCCCGGUGGCGAUUCGUCUGUUUUUGUGGGAUCUGAGCGCUAUCUGGACAACUUGGUAGCUCAGAUCCAGGCUAUCCAGGGAUAUGACAUUCAUGGGGGUUCCUAUAAGUUUUAUGUGUAUUAUGUUGAAAAAUUGACUCAGUAAUUGUGGCAGUUUCUAUAGGCGUGUAUUCCUGUUGUACCCUUCAUCUAGUCUGGGCUGAUGUUUCAGUAUUCGUCUGACUACCUGCUGGAUUUACUUGUAUGCUGUAAUUUAUUCUGGAGAACGUACGAUUCAGCACCCGAACUGCAAGCUAUAAUCACCAAGUAUCUAGCAGUUCGGGAGGAACCAAACUGACGGGUAUCUGAAAUACCAGCGUUCGUUACACCUGCCGCCCCAGAGUAUCAUCCGUACCAGAAAUCCUCAGCACAAUAAAGUAAUAACUUGUCUGUCUCACAGUAGUAUACUGCAAAAUAUAAUAUGCGUGCACACAGGCCAUGAUUAAGGUUAUUUUGUCAAAACUUAUUUCUGCUGCAUGUUUGCAGAAAUUAAAUACUUUACUGCAUGCUUCCACGAGGCCGUCCAAUUACUACUGUUUUUGAUGCCGUUGGAUUUCUCACAGCCCCACUAUUUCUUAUAAUAUAAACUGAAUAGAAAUUACAGUAAAAAUAAUUAAACAAAUUAAAUAGGAUUUACUGCUUUAGAAAUAAUCCCACUCAGAACCAGGCAACAGAGUUAGUCCUCUUACAACUUUAGUAUGACCGCACACUUGUAGAUAGCGUUGUAACAGACAUAAACUCAUAGACUGUCGAGACUUUAAUCUCCUAUUGCUGCAUGGAGUCUCCAAGAUUGCAAAUAUGGCUAAAACAGAGAUUAUCUAAACCUUGUAUACUUCAAAAACAACCAGAUAACCAGAGAGCUGGCUCUCGUGUCACCCAGUGACCCUGAGAAUGACAUUUACACUAUGUUGUGCUGUGAGAUUUAUUAGUUGGCAUAAAGAACAUACUGGAAAAAUCCAGUUGUUGUCAAAGCUGAGUCCAUAAUGGCAACUUGUUCUGUGUGCUGACAUUUGGAAAAUCUUGAUCUCCGGUGUUGUGGGUAAUAAUUAUCUACUGUGCCAUUCCCAGCAUACUCGAGUUCUGGGGGAGACAAUAGGUUUUUAUUUAGAAACUAUAAAUGUAGCCGUUGUCUUGAAAUGGCAAAAAGGAAAAAGAAUUAAAAAAAAGUCCUCUUCUACCCUCUCUGUACCCUUAGAUUCAAAGUGUUUUUGAAGUAUUUUGUAGAUAAAAGCAAUAAAGCGGUAUUGAAGGUCACAGUUUAAUGUACACAUCUAAACGUUACUGAAUUCACUGGUUAUUGAGACAUUCUGGGGUACAUCUAUCAUUCUUUAAAUGCAUUAUCUAGAUUAUCAAUGAUCUAAAAAUGUUGAAUAAUGCUUGUGUUAGCAAUUAUGAAUGAGUCCCGCUUCAUCAAGUAAAUGGAAACUUGCUGUUAUCACUGUCUUGCAUAAAUGCUUCCCUUUCAUUUAUUUUUUAUUUCUUUGCAUCAAAAUAAUCUGCCGCUUCCAUCUGUAUUUACAACUACUCUGUGCCCAUUGGAAAUAUACUAUAUUCUAUUUUCUUGUAAGUACCACAUUGUGUAAGACAGGGGUGCCCAAAAGGUAGAUCCCUAGACGUUUUAAAACUACAGCUUCCGGGGGGCGGGGCCUGACAGCAGAGCUAGCUGGACGUGCAUGCAGAGAGCUCUGACACAAACGAGAUUUAAAUUGGCUAUUACUGGCCAAAACCUUGAACUUAGCAGUCCUGCUCAACAAAAAAUCAUCACUAGACUGCGUGGAGGCUCGUGGACAUCUGUUUUGUGAACUUUUUUCGAGAAAUACCACACUCCACAAAUGCGGCCUAGCACGGACAGCAGCCUCAUGGUUGGGAGAGGCGGCCGAUCCCCCGCCCUGGGGACCGCUACAAGCAGCAGCUCACCUGGCAUCCCGCAUCCCCCCCCUCUGGACCGGUGGGGGUCAUCCCGGUCCCCACUGGGGAAUCCCACAAACUCACCACAAGGGACUGAUCUGCUGGAGGGGAGACCGCGGCUCGGGCCCAAAAUGGCCGCCGAGCAGCAAUCUCUGCAGUCUCAAGCAAGCCCUGAGAUCCAGACCUGGAGAGAGCACUUUGAAGCCCGCUUUGAUCGAAUCUGCCAGGAAUUCUGGAAGCGCAUGGAGCAUAAAGCCACCCAUUCUGACCUACCUGCUAUGAAGGUGAAGGAGGCUGAAGCGGCAAUUCACCGAUCCAGUGCCCACGCGGAGUUGCGCCCAUCUUGCCGACGGGCCCGCCGGCGGACUCUCCCGACACCGAACCGAAAAGCAGCAUGCCAACACCGACCACUCUCCUUACCACCUUGCCGCAGCUUCUAUGCACGACGCUCAGAUGGGAGCCGACUACAUACUCGCGGACCCCUCCGCCGGAGAGCACACACAUGGCAACACAGAUUCGGAGCACAGAGAAGGCCCAGAGACAAAGUCCCAGCAACUGGACUAGAUGGCCUUUCAGCCAGCGCUGAACAAGAGCACACAAGCGCUUGGGACUGGUACGGCGCUCACCUGCAGAGAGGUGGUCUUAUGAUCCCCAGGGGUGUCAGUCCGCCAUCAAUAGGCAUAGGUUAAGCAAGUAGAGGCACUUAAUACCCACUUGCCGCAUGGAGAUGAGCAAUAACCACCACUGGCUCACCUUUCCACUGCGUGCUCCCCGGGGGAGAUCUUACCCUAGGGUUCUACUGUUUUUUUACACUUUCCCCCCCUAGCAGUCACAUCAGUAAUACAACCAGCUCAGGAAAACACCCAGUUGCAGUGGAAAUUGUGCUUUAAUCUUUAUUUCCCCUUCUCAUUUUAACUCUGAUAAGUACAAAUGCCAGUCUAGCUAAUUUAGCAAGUCACACACUGCUCAGAACUAGCUACUACCAUGUCUAGCAAUUACAUCUGUAUGUUUUUUGUUUGUUUUUUUGGGGGGGGGGGUUCUCCUUCUUUCGUGGAAUUGUGCUUUAAAUCUUUAUUGCCUUGUUAUUUUAAAUUCCACUAUGUACAUAUGCCGGUCAAGCUAAUCUAGCAUCACCUAGUGCUCAUAUCCAGCUAUUGCCAUGCCUAGCAACUACGUUAGUGUGUAAAUAUGAUAUAUCCCAAUACUACGCCCUUGAGUACCCAGUGGCCCCCAAACUUUUGAGUUACUCAUAGUUCAGCAUGUCUCAUAACUAUCUCCUCGUUGACAAAGUUAAUGUCAGCCUACACUACUUUCGAUCACGCUUAUUGUCUGACCAUUCUCUGACAUAACCUGUAUUAACCUGUUAGUUACAUAAAAAUGUGCAAUUCUCUUAUAUGCCACAGAAUAAUGCAAUGUGAAAUGCCUUUACUUGUUAUCGUGGCCAAAUAUGCAUGUCUGUCAAACUUAUGCACACUAAAAAUAAAGAAUUAAUAAAAAAAUAAAAAAAACUACAGCUUCCGUGAUGCUUUGCCAUUCUAAAGGCAUGAAAAGCUUCAUAGGAGUUGUAGUUCUACAAAAUCUGGGGAUCUGCCUUUUGGGAACCCCUGGUGUAAGAUGUGGGAGACAAAUGAUCCGUAAUCCUUCAUAAACAUAUGCCCCUUUUGUUUUACUACUGCCUUUUCUUGCUGUUAUUAAUUUAAAGAGUGAGGGUGCAUUGGGACCAUGUAUAUUAUCUGGUCCUAUAUUGUUACCUGUUAGCACCAACAUUGCAGAAAGAGACUGAUUCAGUCCACUAUAUUGUAUUUCAUCACAUAAGCUUAUUAUUUAUAGGUGUUUGAUGAUAACUGUUUGACAAUCUUUCAUCUGUGGUUAACUUUUCCUUUCAAAGUGCCUCCAUUGUUUUCCCAUAAUUGUUAGCAAAUACAUAAUUUAAAAGAUAUUCUUGCAUGUACCCAUGUUGCAGGAGGAAGCAAUCUUUAGGCAACAAUCCUGAAAUGGCUAGCAUGCAUGGUAUUCCAGAAUUCCUAAUUUCUGGGUGCAUUUUGGAUGAUGCAAGUUUCUGCCAUAGCACUUGGGGUAGUGUAUCACAUGCACAGCCAUUUGUGGCCUCCAGGCACGUAGUGGUAUAGAGUAAGGAUGGUCAGAGAUCAUCAUUACAGAUGAUCUCCCAGUGGGCAGAACAGCUGCCAUGUUGAGAACAGGAUAGUGCUGGCAAAAAAGUUUAUUUUGAUUCCCAAAAUAGGGUCCUGAAUCUAAAAGUUAAAAGGAACAGCCUAACGCUAAGGAUUUAUUUGUAUUCGUGUCAUUCGUGUUUAUUUAAACUGAUUUGCUGUAACAUGGGAUGAGAGGGCUUGUGUCCUCGCUGCAUCGUAAUGUUUCAUGAUUAUACUCAGAGAGCCGCUGGCCGCUCUAAAGCACUGGUGUUUGAGGCAUUCAUAUAAUACAGCAGUAGAAAAUUAUCACUUCUAUCCUUGUUAGGGUUCCUGUCAUCAACUUGUUUUUGAUUGACUGAACAUAUUAAAGGGUGAGUCCAAACACUAUAACAACUUUUGCAUUGUUGCAAGGUCUAUGGUAUACAGAGUACUUUGCACCCACUGGAAAAUCUAAAGCUGCCGUAGAUUAUCUACUUGAGCGAUAUCUGUGAAAAGGAACCAAAGGAGACCCAGAUAAGUGUCAAACUGUUUAAAAAUGUGAAGACUCUUAACAUUGGGACUACAGAGGGCUCUAUUGUUUUAGAGUGCCCCUUUAAACUGUCCAAUAGUAACUUGUUCAUAAUCCUUUACUUUCUCUUUGCUUACUUUGAAAACCUGCCCUUGAAUGGCUGCAAUUAGGGCUAUUCACUUUGUGUACUUAUCAUCCUCCUGUUCUUUCAGGCGUAGAAAUUAAGUGUGGGUUUUUAGUUUUGUUUUUUUUACCCCUCUGCUUCAGAGUGGAUGAAAAGCAAGACUUCUUUGAAUUCCUACAUUCUUAGCAUUAUAUCUUAAAUACACAGGAAAUUGUCAUCAUUUCUCUUCUGUCUGCUGAUGUAUAUAAGGUACACCAGUGUGUGCUUUAUGGAUUAGUGCCAUAUUAUUUUUAUCAUCAGAAAAUGUAUAUCUAUAUUAUAGCUGCCACAGAAUGUAUAGUUUAAGCAGUGAUUAGCAACUGUUUUUUCCUGCUCAUUUGGAGUCCAACAGGCAACAUUUCGGCCUGUCUUUAUGAUGAAACCUUUUGAUAGAUAAAGAGAUGGGUAUUAACAAAAUAUUGUAUUUUGCCUGGGUUGUCACCGCUUUCUGUGAAAUGCUAGAGCCCUGUUUAACUGCCCCAUGUUCUGCUUGGAAUAGACCGAUUCCAUGUGGGAUCAGAGAGAAUUCCAGCUGCCCUUUGAAUGUCCUGGGAGUAAACACAAAUACAGGUGCAAUGAAGGGAUUUUCCUCUAGCAGACAGCUCGUUCAAUGAACCUCUGACAUCAGGAAGGAAUAAAAGGGAUUUAACUUUGUAGUUUCACUGAAACAUGCUACUUUCCACUGGAAAUCCUUGGGCAGUUUAAGCUUCAUUAAUCCCAGUCAUGGAAAAAAAAAAUUCCUUUAUCGCACUUCUAGUCCCGUGAGUAUUGUGCUCGGCAACAACAUGAGCUGAAUAUGCAAUGUAAAUAUGUAUUUGUUAUUCCUAGUUAAAUGCAAACUGUAGCCGCGUUUUGCUGAUCUCGAAAUCCUGAAAUUUAGCAGGUAUGUUAUAUGGAAUUCCUUGAGGUUUCUUGUAUGUUUAAUUGGACAACCAGGAAAGUUAAAUUCUUGCUAAAUUGUCUAGACUGGGAGUGAUUGAGUAGCAAUUUAACAAGAGAACACUUCAUUGAGAGGUUUGCUUGCACAUAGUUUGUGUGUAAAGUGAGCUCAUGAUGCGAUGUACUUUCCCUUAUUUAGGUCUUGCAAUUGCUGGUGAUACAGAUAUGGAUUUCUGCAAAUCUUUUGGCAGACUUUCUACAAACGACAGAGCCAACCCAUAUGUUCUAUAUUACUGAGAAAUGUAACAAAUCUUACUCCGCACUUCUGUUCCUUGGUUAUUGGAAACUAACUCGAGGUGCAAAUGUCAAAACGUAUUAAAAAUAAAAUAAAAUGGACACGAUGUGGGUGGCAUUAUAUGUUUGGUCAUGGGGAAACCUUUUUACGAAGAAGAUAUGCAUUGAAAUUGUUAGUUUUUUUCAUAUGUUACUUGGAAACAUUUGGAAUCAUUUAUUUUAGUUUAUCAUUCACUGUUCAAUAAAACCAAAUUAUGCUUUUCUAUUAUAAACUCACCCAUGGCAGCCAUUUUUAAAGGACACUAUUCUUUACAAAACACCAAAUUAUAGUGAAUAAAAUACUCAAACUGCAAAUUUUAGGAUAAAAGGCCAAGCUGAAUAUGAUAAUUUUUUGUUUUAUUUAUUAUUUCUCCUAAAUUUUGUAUUUUGGCCUAAAAUUUCAAAAUCCCUGGUGAAUUCUUAAUUCACAGUUUAGUGGUUUUGGGGGUGUUUUUGGUUUUUUUUGGAAGGGGGGGGGGGGCGGCUAAUACUCCACUUAUGCAUUGCGCUAUCCAGGCGAGUGUAUAUGUACACUUUUCUAAUGAUUUUAUAGUAAUUAUUUCUGGCAUAGAAUGGUAUGUUUAAAUGCCUAGGUCAUGACCACUAUGAGACCCAUGGUAAAUAUUAGGGGAUUAUAAUAUUUAAUUGGUGCUUGUGGGCAGUGUCACUAAUACAGCAUAUUGAAUGUCAUUAAACAUUAUUGUACUAAAGGCACUUUUAAGGAUUGUGCACUCACUGGUUUUAAAUAUCAACAUUAGUACUUUGUGUUCCUGUUACCAUCACAAAUUCUAAGCUACCUGUUUCAGCAGAUCUUGUUCUUUACAUAUUGGCAAUUGUAGGUCCGAAAGAGUGACCAUGCAGUUGGGGAUAUUGCCUCUUUUGGUUUGUAAAAUAGACUGCCCUAUAAAGACCACUUUUCAAUUUUAAAGGAUUAAUGGUAUUUAGGUCAAUGCAGCUUCCAUGCAGAGGAAUCCGUUUGAUGGGUUCUGUUUAAUAUAAACCUGUUGUCUAUUUACCAUCACAUAUACAUCUUUCCAUCUUUUCAUAUGCUCAUGGACUAUCAUGUCUGAAUGUACAAAGAGCUGCAAUUUUUUUUUUUUCUGGAUUUUAGGCAAACACUCAUUUUAUGGUUUUGUUUUUCACUGAGCCACAGAUGUCCUUCAUUAAAGGCAAUAAAUAUUUUUAUGUUUUUAAGUUCCAAAAUAGCUCUACAGGUCAUAAUCUGAAUUAGACGUCAUCGGCACUUAUUAAAAUAUUUGUAACUGCUGCAUUCCUGAAACCCUUGGAUCUAAUAAUCAAUUCUUUGUGACCAUACCAUUCUAUGUAGUUUGUUUGAAGUGUGGGCUUCGACAUGCAAAGAUCAUAUGCUCUAUAAUGUUUUUUUUCCUCACAAAGAAGCCAAUGAGGGAGGGGAGCGUGGAGCAAUAGCCUAACCUAGCUAACAUCUCUAAGCUAGCUCCAAUCCAAUUCAGCAGCAAAGCCUGAUUUUAUCCCUAAAUUGCGGAUAUACUUACCUCAUAUCCAGCUAUAUCCACCAGUGUUGAUAUGGGGAAGAAGGGAUAAGUAGUUCCUCCAGCGCUAUCUGGAUAUAUCUGGGAUCUUCUCUCACAAGGCGUUAAAUUAGCCCAUCCUAAAAGUGCAGUUUCACAUGGCCAGGACAAGAGGUACUCGAAAGAACCAUCACUGGAUGUCAUCGACUAGAUAUUGCAGAGUGGGGACUUAGAAGACACAUCUUCUGAGGAGGAAGAGAAUACGCUUGCCAAAAAAAAACAUUAAGUCAUUAUUGAAGGACAUUAGGCAACUCUUUGAUGCAGCUCUCUUCUUUUUAAGAGAAAACAUCCACACCUUAAUGGGCCAGGUGAAAUCCAGCAUCCUCACAAUGGUUAACUUACUCUACCGAUUUUUUUUCGGUCAUGAUUUUCAUUAAUGUUUCUCCUAAGAGAGUCCAAAGGCAAUCCAGUGUAGGAAUGGCCACUGAAGGCUUUUAGCAGUUCGUGUUAAUGUUUGGAAGCUGAUGAACAAUACAGAGUAGAGGUUUCAGUAGAGAGUAUUUAGAUCCCAUUACAUUAGCCGUAGCUAAGCCUGCUUAAUUCAUUCCACCUUUGUUAGGCUCUUUUAAUGUAUUUACCAAGAGUGACAGUGUAAACUAUCCUCUUUCCACAAACACCCCUCCCACCAUCACAGGACAGAGAACUCGCUAAUCCCUUCUCUCUUGUUAAUAAGUGCAGAAAGCAUUUCUUUUGAAGCAGCAGUGUUCAGACGUUUCAGUGACCGCUUAUUAUUUGUCUAUUUAAUAUCCAGCUAGAGAUUGUUGGCAUGUUUGAUUUUAGCUCGAGUGUAAAUCUGUGUAAUCUUUCCAUAAAUGCUCUGGAAAUCCUUUUAAGCUUCAAAAAGUCACAUUGUGCAGGUAACACAGUAAAAAUAUGAAACAAAUAAUUAUAAUUGGAUUACAAAAGGAAAGCAUUAACUUGCCUUUUACAGUUCUAAUUAAAUUGCAGAACUUGCACAGAUGAGUGCUACAGCUGAUAAAUCCCAAGCGGACUAGAAAGAGGCACCACAAAUUGGGAAACUCAUUCUGGUCUAUGAAGAUAUUUUUCUUUUGGUUUAGUUUUGACCCCAUAAAACUGCUCAAUGAACUAACAGUGGCUAUACCAUAGUUUUACAGACUGAGUUACACUUUUGUGAUCUUCCAAGUAGCCAACUGGUUAUGUGUGCAUUUAUAGGUUGGAGGGAGGUCCAUCUCAGAUGUCCAUGAGACCAUGAAUCUUAGACAAGAAAUUACAUCACUGGUUCAGGAGUUUUUACAAAUCAAUGCAUUUAUAAGCAUCAGUGGGCAUGGAGACCUUGGACCAAGUAACUAUGUGAACCAUGGCCUAUGCCAUGGAAAGUCGACCUUCAGCACUCCAGAUGUUGUUGACUACAUCCCCCAUAAUGCUGACAAAGCAUCAUGUGAUGUGCAGUCCAAAACAUCUGUUGCAAUAAGCCUAGGCUGCUAUGGUGCUUAACAAGUAGGUUGUUUGAAAAUGUCCUACUCCAGGCACUCUAAAAAGUUAAUGUAGGCACAUCCACCUCCACAUUUCACAAUAACAUUAAAGGGACACUAUAGUCACCUGAACAACUUUAGCUUAAUGAAGCAGUUUUGGUGUAUAGAACAUGCCCCUGCAGCCUCACUGCUCAAUCCUCUGCCAUUUAGGAGUUAAAUCCCUUUGUUUAUGAACCCUAGUCACACCUCCCUGCAUGUGACUUGCACAGCCUUCCAUAAACACUUCCUGUAAAGAGAGCCCUAUUUAGGCUUUCUUUAUUGCAAGUUCUGUUUAAUUAAGAUUUUCUUAUCCCCUGCUAUGUUAAUAGCUUGCUAGACCCUACAAGAGCCUCCUGUAUGUGAUUAAAGUUCAAUUUAGAGAUUGAGAUACAAUUAUUUAAGGUAAAUUACAUCUGUUUGAAAGUGAAACCAGUUUUUUUUUUCAUGCAGGCUCUGUCAAUCAUAGCCAGGGGAGGUGUGGCUAGGGCUGCAUAAACAGAAACAAAGUGAUUUAACUCCUAAAUGACAGUGAAGUGAGCAGUGAAAUUGUAGGGGAAUGAUCCAUACACUAAAACUGCUUUAUUUAGCUAAAGUAAUUUAGGUGACUAUAGUGUUCCUUUAAAUUCCUGGUAUGGUUAUAUAAAAAAACACUAUAGUGCUAGGAAAACAAACCUGCAUUCCUAACGCUACAGUGUCCCUAUCUACUGUUUAACUCGCCCAGUGCAGCAGAAGCAUCUCUAGUGUCAGUAUGACCUCUACUAGAGGCUUGUUUAACCCUUCAUGGUAAACAAUGCCAUUUCUGCAAAAUGUGUUUUCACCUUGAGGGGUUAAGCAUUCAGAACCACUGUACUCAGACCUAAUUGAGAUUAAGUGGUCUGAUUCACUUUAGUGGUUCUAUAAAGGACCACUAAAGUCACAGACGCCACUUCAUCUCAAUGAGGUGGCUUGGGUGCAGUGGUUCUUUAGUGUCCGUCAGGAUUCCCUUUUAUUUCUGAAGUUGUGUCCUUAAGGGGGUAAACUUUUUUUAUUUUAUUUUUUAUGUACAGGUUUGUAUUUCUAAAGCUUUAGUGUUCUUUUAAGCUCAGGGAGUGUCUGUCUCUUUUAACCAAAGUCUGUCAGACUAGUACAUCUUCAAGCGGUAGCUGUUGAACAAUAGCUGUUCCAGAAUGAAACUAUGUUGCAGCAAAGAGUUUAGUAUAAUAUCACUCCCUUGUUUUCCCAUAUCUGGGCAGAUUAAAGACUUUAUAGUAACUUUUACAUGCAACAAUUGUAUCUACAAGAUCUAAUAACAGGGCAAGUAGAAAACCAAAUGCUUACAGAGGCUCCAGAAUUACAAUUUAUGUAACUGCCAAAACCUGUAUAUAUGUAUAUAGAUCGUAUACUUUGAUAAGAAGGGAAACCUAAUUGAUUUAUUACAUCAUAAUAAUAAUCUCUUUGAAGUAUCGCCUGAAACCUAUUUAUGUGAGCAAUAUUUCAGGCGACAGGUUAGAGACGAGUGAUCCAAGAGGGAAUAUAAAAUCCAUUUUAAUGAUCCAUGGUAGUAGAAACUCUAGCGGUGGUUAAGCAGUAGCACUAAGGCUUACAUGACUUAAACCAUUAUUCGCUUUCUUAUAAAUUAUUCAUCAACUUGAUGUGAGUCGGGAAGUUGGAACAUUCAUUUUAGACAUGGAGCACAAAGCCUUACUUUAACACCCAUAAAAAAAUUAUGCAAAUGAAGUGAUGCUGCUUGGUAAGACUAUCCAUCCUGUGGUCUAUGAAUAUUAUUUUAAUGUUUCUUUAUUUUUAUUAUCCUGACCUUUGUAAUCACCAGUGGGUGUAAUGCACAAAUUUUUCUAAUCCUGUGGCAUGGGUGAACUCAUAGUUGGCUGCAGUAAUGUUUAACUCUGUGCCAGAGAAAUGGUCAACUUAAUGUGACAUCCCUCUGGCUUCUAAAUGGUGACAGUUACGGAGCCAUGUUAAAGAGUGCAUCACAUUGUUUGUUAAAUUACUGAAAAAACGUUUGCUAGAAAUCAGAGUGAUGCACACCUGGGACUUGUUUCUGUGGUUUUUGGUAAAAUGUAGCCAUACAGCACUAAUGCUAUUGGAGUUACUAAAUAACCUCCAUUUAUUUAAAUAUGCAUAGGGCUAGUGCAGAGGUAACUUUUUUUUUUCCUUAUUGGUUUUGUAUGCAUUAGGGCUGAUGUGUGCUGUGGCCGUUGCUGCCACCCAGGAGUUUGAGCGCAGGACUUGUUUUUGUAUAUUUGUAUUCACUUUUGCAUCACACAGUCAUGUUACAAUCCAGCCACCCAUCCCAUGUGUUUCCUAUUCAGGGUUAAUAAGUAGGCAAGAUAAUGUAUCUUGGACGUAAAAACCCAAGGGCAGAGUACAGAAUAUUUGCUAGAGUCCUAACCUCAACAUCUGAGGAAAGGGAUUUAGGGGUGAUUAUUUCUGAUGACUUUAAGGUAGGCAGACAAUGCAAUAGAGCAGCAGGAAAUGCUAGCAGAAUGCUUGGUUGUAUAGGGAGAGGUAUUAGCAGUAGAAAGAGGGAAGUGCUCAUGCCAUUGUACAGAACACUGGUGAGACCUCACUUGGAGUAUUGUACGCAAUACUGGAGACCGUAUCUCCAGAAGGAUAUUGAUACUUUAGAGAGAUUUCAGAGAAGGGCUACUAAACUGGUUCAUGGAUUGCAGGAUAAAACUUACCAGGAAAGGUGAAAGGAUUUUAACAUGUAUAGCUUGAAGGAAAGUAGAGAUGGGGGGAUAUGAUAGAAACAUUUAAAUACAUAAAGGGAUUCAACACAGUAAAAGAGGAGACUAUAUGUUUAAAAGAAGAAAAACUACCACAACAUUAUGACAGGGAGACAUAGGAGAAUUGUGUGUGUUAAGUGUGCCAUGUGUCAGUGAAUGUGUACAGCCAUACAACAUUUGCUGAUGCCAUUACUCCUGAAAUGAUGACAUUUUCCCCUAUACUUGUAUGAGUUAAUAGCCAAUGAAAUGAUAUAAUGGAUAAAAUACAUUUUAUUUUGAAAUGAAAAGGACUAUUUAAGCACCACAACAGCGUAUGCUUAUUAUAUAGUUUAUGGUGCUUGGUGCAUGGAUGUUCCUUGUCACCGUACACAGUUGCUAAUCACUGUAUACAAAAAUCACUGCAGCUAUUAGACUAUAUUUAUUCCUCUGCCAGAUGAAAUAUUUAUAAACAGUGCACACACUGUUCAGAUCCCUACUUCCCCUGACAGACUGUGUUAGAAGAGCCUGGGCAAUGGCUGCUCGGUUCGGUGAUCCGUUACAGCUCAGUUCACAAAGCUAAACAGAACUUUCAUUAAAAUUGAUAGCAGUCACAUUGUGGCUACUAACUGCUUAUUUAGCAGUUCUAUUCAUCUGCUAUGAAAAGACCUUCCCUCAAGUAUAUAUCCCAUAAAACCUUGAGCAGAAGACUGUGUUUUUCCUCUCCUUCAAAACACACACUACUCUUGGGUGGCAGCAAUGGCUAUUCACCAGUCCAAUUAUAUACGCAAUAUAAAUUCAGAAAAUCUACCGGCACACUAUCCCAAAUCGAUAUGUUAAUGUAUAUUAAUAUUAUUAUUGCCAUUUAUGUAGCGCCAACAGAUUCCGUAGCACUUUACAAUAUUAUAAGAGGGGGGAUGUAACUAUAAAUAGGACAAUUAAAAGAAAACUUACAAAAACAAUAGAUUGAAGAGGACCCUGCUCAAACGAUCUUACAGUCUAUAUAAAUGAUUUUUGGGGUAUUGCUACAGCCAUUCAAGUGUAAGCUCACCUGCCAACGUCAAGGCAAACCUCUUGAGUGAGUUUUAUGUAAACCGUUUACCAUUUGCUGCUUUCAGCCAAAAGGCAGAAUCUUCUCUCCUAUUAGCGAUUUCUGUCUGAUUUAAGUAGAUAGUGAUUUGGGAUCGUGCACAGGUAAACUGUCUGGCUUUUUAUUGAAGGAAAGAAGUUUUGGGAAUAAAUUCAGAUCCUUUAGACUAGACUGAGAGCUUUCUGACUAGCAGAAUGACUUCUUACUUAGCUUGCCGUGCAUGUGUGCAGUUGCAGGAACCAAAAUUAAAUUUACAUAAAUAAAACUGUAAUCUAUUUAAGUCAUCUUUACAAUUUUGUUUCCUUUCAUUGAUAUAUAUAUUUUUUUAUUUUUCUACUCUAGAUCUUAUGUAAUGGCCCUGGCACUUGUGUUCCGGUUUGCUUGUCUGCGCUUCUUCUUGGGAUCAUUGGCAUCAAGAAAACAAUCAUCAUUUAUGUUGAAAGUAUUUGUCGCGUGGAAUCAUUGUCCCUAACCGGACAAAUCCUCUAUUAUUUUUCAAAUGUUUUUAUCGUUCAGUGGCCUCUCUUAAAGGACAAAUAUCCAAAAUCUAUAUAUCUAGGACGAUUAGUUUGACUUCCAAAAAAACAUAAUAAAUAUAAUUGCAAAUCCAGCAUUUUCGUACAAAACAGGAGGUUUGCAGUUUGUGUUGACCAAAUCUUAUGGGACCAGAUAAAUAGGUCGGAAUCCAUAUAGUCUCCAAAACACAGUUAACAAAAUACCUUAUGUGAUUUUGUGAAUGUGGCCAACCUCAAAUUACUGUAAGGAAUCUGAGUUUACUCAAGUCUCCUCAUAGCUUUUAUUUACCAAGCAAAACAGAAGGCAGCAAAGAAAUAUCUCACACAAAAGCAGCAGGGUAAGCAGUCUGAAAUAUUGGGAUUUUUUUUUUUUAUAAAUGUGUAUUUUUUUUUAAUUCAGUAUAUAAAUGGGAUGAUAAAAUGUAGUGGUAUUUAGGUCGACUGUUUUCCCAAUCUGGCGAUUAUCAGCACUUUUUUCUCCGAUUAACAAAGCUACAAUCACUGCAACAGAGAAAAGAUAUAUAGUUUCCAUGUGUUUAACUAAGAGUAAAGGCUAAAAUAGAUAUUUAAAGGUCUGUUAAGUAUUAGAGGAGUAAAGAAAAAUAAAGCCUUUAACAUGUGCCUAUUGAGUAGGAAGUUCAAUUUUUUUUCCCCAUUUUAAUGUGCUUAAAUGAUCACUAACAUAUUCUCUGCAGGUUACUCGAUAUGCACAUUAUUCAAAGUACAAUUUGCACCUUAAUGCAAAUUAGUUGUAAUGUUCCAAGGGAAGAGAACUAUUACCACGUAUGAUGUGAGUGAAGUCCCUUCUGGUUACACUGUGUAUUUGUUUUAUGUAUAAAUUGACUUGCGGUAGUGGGCCUGAUUACUUAUGCUAAUAGAGCUUCUGAAAAGCUUGGAGUGUGCAGCCUCCUACACAUAAAUAUGAACCUUGGACCUUGCAGAGGAGCAGAGGAAAUGGCUAUUGAUUCCACAUAGCUCAGCAGGAUAUAUGAUCUGUACCAGAGCAGUAAUACAGCUACUGACUGUAUCUGGGGGGGUUAUGGCUGCUCUGUUGCAUUAAUCAUAAGAUGUCUGUUUUUUUUAUUUUUUUUAUUCAUUUAUUUUUUGUUUUUGUUUUGCCUAGUCAGCGGAGGAUUGUUGUAUGCGCAUGGCUAUAUCUCAUUGACCAUCAUAGUUUGAAUCCUCUAUAUUAAAUUUUAUCUUUGUGAUACAUUGUCUCUGUCAUGCAUGAUGAGUGAAUGUUCUGGCUGGUAAAAUCACAGAAUUAUAUAGCUAUGACUCAUAAUAGGGAUCUGUGGUUUCACCUAUUAUUUGCUGAAAUUGUCUGUCUGUCGUAGUUUAUAGUUGGAGGUUUGGAUUACAUAUGGGUUGACUUAUUAAAGGGACAUACGUCACUUUGAGACAAUUGUCUCAUUCAAAAGCUUUAGUCUCACUAUGCAGGCUGGAAAAAGCAGAUAAAUGUUUGUUUGUUUUUUCUUGUUUAAUAUUUACCUACUUCUUUUUUAUGCUUUCCACACCCACUCCUGGGAUGACACUGAUAUAACCAGUCAGUGUCCUAUCCCUAGGAAUGCUGGAAAACUGGACUUGGCAUGGCUGACAGAUUGACACAAUAGUGAAGGUGGAAGAUCUCUUCACCUUACAAUAUCGUGACGGAGAGAAGAGAGGGAGUCCGAUCAAUUUGAUUCAUGCAGGGCAAACUCCAGUGUUUGCUUUCUCUCUCUUGCUGCACAAUGGUGUCCUGUUUCUGUCAUUAGUGGACUGGUCUGAAACUGAGAUGGGUAGGUAAGAGGGGGCUGAAGAAACUCCUCUUAACUGAGAGGCAUGCUCAAUAAUGCAAUCUGACCAAGUUAAUAAUAAGUUUGUAAGUUUUAAAUAUUUUUUACAUUUUUUCUUGCUUUAUUUUGGUUUGUAUAUUUGUUUUAAAGUGUUUGCUUGCUUGCUUAAAACAUAAUUAUCCUGGGAUGCAUGUCACUUUUUUAAUUAAAUCGAUGGGUAAAGAGGCCUAAACAGUUAUCUUUGUUUUAUUUAUUAUAAAUAUUAUUUAUGUACGUUAUGCAUUCUGCACACAAAAAACUGACUUAUGAUCAAAAUCCAGGGGGAGUAUAAGGAAAUGUGGGCUAGUCUUGUGUUACUCCAUCAAUAUGUUUUAGCUGCACUAAAUCACUGAAUUAUUUAUAACGAGUCACCAAAUAUUUGUGCUGUGCAAUAGAAUGAGGAAACUAACACAUUACAAUCAUUUGACCAUAGGAUAAUUUGUGUUCUUGAGAGCUCACGGUUGUAAGAAAUUAGAUUAGCCAAUCUGUGUAAAAUUGGUCCAUUCCUAGCGUGACUAAUCCAUACUAAUACAUUUUCUUUUUAGUGACAUUAAACCUUUCACAUCAUUUUUCACAUUUAAAAUAGUGGGCAAAAUUAUAAAUACACUUUGCUUUGUCUGGGAAUAUUAAACAUGAAAUGUGCAGUUCUGGCAUUGUUUAAAGAAUCGUGCAGUCUUUAUUUCCCUUAUCACAAUGCAUAUCUCUCUUCAUCAUUCAUAGCACUGAUCGGUCCAUAAAUAAUUCCUGAGUAGGAAUUUUUAUGCUUUCAGCAUUAGCACCAUAUUCUAAGUAAGAGAUGGGAGCAGAACUGUGAGUUAGGGGGCAUGAUGAACAUUUCAAAUAAGCAAC